AUGGCGCUUCCGCCUAAAUGGUAUCAGUUCCUUGUGAGCGUCUUCGCCUCACUCGGUUCCCUCCUAUUCGGAUAUGACUUGGGUGUCAUUGCCGAAGCCAUCGCGGCGCAAUCCUUCAAGUCCAUGUUUGGCGACAAGCCCAAUGAAAUUGGUGCCGUCGUCUCCGUCUUCACCGGCGGCGCCUUCUUCGGCGCCAUGUUCGGCGGUCCCGCCGGCGACCGUUUCGGCCGCAAAAUGACCAUCCUCAUCGGCGCCAUCGUCUUCUGCCUCGGCGGCGCCCUGCAGACGGGCGCCAGCAACAUCAACUUCCUCAUCCGCGGCCGCGUCACCGCCCUGCAGCAGUUCAUGCUCGGCAUCGGCGCCCUCGCCGCCGCGUGGAUCUCCUGGGGCACGUACAUCGGCUUCGCCCCCACCGACAACAAGCAGUGGCGCGUCAGUCUCGGUAUCCAAAUUAUCCCCGGCGGUAUCCUCGCUCUUCUCAUCCUGCUGUUCCCCGAGUCCCCCGCUGGCUCAUCGACAACGGGCGACCGAGUUCGCCCAGAUCCAGAGUCCAUCGCCAUCGAGCACGAGCAGUCCGCCAAGAGCUACCUCGAGCUUUUCCGCGACAAGUCCAGCUUCCGCCGCCUCUUCCUCGCUUGCGCCCUCCAGGCCUCGGUCCAGAUGACCGGCGUCAGCGCCAUCCAGUACUACUCCGUUGCCAUCUACGAAAAGAUUGGCAUCGCCGGUGACGAGACCCUCAAGUACCAGGCCAUCUCCUCCUGCAUCGCCCUCUUUGCCCAGUUCCUCUGCAUCCUCUUCGUCGACCGCUUCGGCCGCCGCUGGCCCCUUAUCCUCGGCAACCUCGGCAACAUGGUCACCUUCAUUAUCGCCACCAUCCUGCUCGCCAAGUUCCCCGCCGGCUCUCCCCAGGCCAGCGGCAGCGCUUCCUGGGCUUUCAUCGCGAUGACCUGGCUGUACAACUUCUCCUUCUCCGCCACCUGCGGUCCCUCUCCUGGAUCAUCCCCGCUGAGAUCUUCGACAUGA